AUGCCUGUUGCUAAAAUAGAUAGUGACCUUGUGACUUUCCGCGAUGCUCAUGGCGAAGAGCAGGACGUGUGUCGCCUUUGUACGGCUCAAUUCGACCCAGCAUCGUCAGUUACCAGUCUCAGCUCUCUCGGCUCUCUACCGGAUAUGCUAUCGUCCAGCAACCCGUUCAGUACGCCCACUACACCGUCGCAGAUGCCACCUCUCCGCCGGGGGCCGAUUGGACGCCGGGGCUCUGUUCAGUCAGCGGCAUCCUCUCCAUCUCAGUCUCAGAGUCAACUUCAACUUCCAGCGGUAGAGCCUGUCCCCGACCAGGUCUUUGAUGGGGACCUAUCGGCCGACGCUAUCACGAUGGAAGAUAGGGUCCGGCUGCAGAAGUUCAAUGCCGAGAUGGCCAAGGAGGCUAUGAUUGAGGAGCAGCUCAUUGCGCGCGUCCAUGUCCAUGUGGAGGUCUUCCUCUACCGGGGCCAACAAUACAAAUACCGCGGGCAUGUUGUUAAUUUCCUCCGCGAUGUCGGCGAAGCCUACAACCAGUUACCACGGCUACCUCGGGAGCUGGAUGUCAUCGUCUUGCGGCCUGCCAACUUCGCCCAGCAGGACCAUGUUAUACGUCAGUUCCGUCGUCGCUUUUUUGUCAAACAGAGCAACAUUCGUCAGUGGCUAGCCUUCCUCAAGGCGAACCACCCUGCUUACCGCGACAUCGUCAUCAGCGAGGAGAGGCUGAGCCAACUUCCGGAGGAUGGUGGUAGUGUGAUGGACGAGUUCCCAGUCGAGGAUGUUGAUCCUGUUGACAUCGAGGAUGUGGUCGCUGAAGCCAACGACGAGUCUCACUUGAUCAACGCUCAGCAACAGUCUCAGCACCCCGGACAACCGCCUACUCAGCCUUACAUUGAGAUGGGCGAGAUUCGCCGGACACCGUUGAAUGAGUUCAACCGGUCCCAACCCCUGUUGUCGUGGGCUUUUCCCACACUCUUUCCCUAUGGUCGAGCCGAGUUCGUUGCGCCCCGGGUGCGGUCCAUCACUUAUAGAGAGUAUCUCUACCAUGCGAUGCGGAAUCGAGACAGACGUUUCGCCCGGCAUCCGCGCUUCCGUUUCCACGCGGAUACCCUCCGUGGUACUCGGGCUUACUGGACUGGCAAGGGCCAUCAGCUCACUGCCCACGUCUAUGCCCUGGGGAUGCCGGCGAUGUUCAUGACUUUCAGCCCGGCUGAUUUGCACUGGGAUAGCCUUGCGCGACAUAUGCCGCGUUACGACGAGUGGAAGCAGGGCACUGAACGGGCGCGGCAGCAUAUCUCCUGGCAGAACCUCCAGGACAACCCACACAUUGCGGCUUACCACUUCUUCAAGCGGUACAACGCUUUUAGAGACUACGUAUUGAUCCCCAAGUUUGGCAUCGUCGACUAUUGGGGCCGCUUCGAGUGGCAGGCCCGUGGUAGCUCUCACCAUCACGGGUUAUACUGGUGUGCUGGCAGUGUCCAGCCCGACUUGGAGGAUGAUGAAGGGCGGACUGAGUUUGCCCGCCGCUGGGGUUUCUCUAUCACGGCGAUGAACCCCGAACCGAACAGGGUGAUGAUGCAAGGGAAGGCGAACGUAUUGAUCAUUGAGUUGUUUGAGCACGAACAGCCAACCUUUGAUACCCUGUCCAGGAUCGUCAACAGGGUCCAGCGGCACGCUUACAGCGAGGCAUACUGUCUACGCCGAAAGAAGCUACCUGGUGGUGUUCUUUCUAUCGAACCGGUUUGUCGGUUCUACUUCCCUCGUAGGCACCACGAAGAGGCCUACGUCACCCGUGACAUGAACCCGGCCUACUGA